AUGGAUGAAAAUAUGCCUUGUGUAAAAAUUAAAUUAUGUGAGAAGAACCACCCAAAGCUAAUAGAAGCCGUAAGACACGUUAAACGCGCCAAAAAGUGUGUUCUUAUAACGGGAGCGGGAAUUUCAUGUAGUGGUGGUAUACCUGACUUUCGCUCGUCUGAUGGGCUCUACAAUCUAAUUGCUUCUAAAUACCCAGGCACAUUUUCCAAAGGCAAAGACCUCUUUGACGCCAAUCUCCUCCAUUCAGACACCUCUCGUCGUGGUUUCUACGAGUUCAUGGGUCUCUUAAAAGAGUUUAUACUAAACGCUCAUCCGACAGCGACACACCUCUUUAUGAAAAAACUUCAUGACGUAGGAAAACUCGUCCGAGUUUAUACCCAGAACAUCGACAAUUUAGAAGAGUGCGUAGGAUUAAACGUCAAAUGGAUGGUCAAUUCAAAGUGUGCAAAGGUAGUGCAGUUGCAUGGGACCAUGCAAAUGGUAAAGUGUACUUAUUGCACAGAGAGUUUCCCGUUUACGGAAGAAUAUUGCGAAGUUUAUAAGCAGGGUGGAGCGCCUAGCUGUCCUGCCUGUGAAGCAAGAGAAGAAACUCGACGAAAACAAGGCAAACGACGACACGCCGUGGGUCUCCUUAAACCCAGUAUCCUCCUUUACGGUGAUUCACAUCCAUUAGGCAUACAAAUAGGCCAGCUUGCAGCAAAAGAUGAAGAACGCCUCGACUGCUUGAUAAUUCUCGGCACAUCUCUCCGAAUACCUGGAGUCAAAGCAUUAAUAAGACGGUUCGCCAGAGCGGUUCACGCCCGAAAUGGAAAAGUUAUUCUCGUCAAUGCCACUGAUGUCGCGAAAAAAGAAUGGGAUGGGAUUAUCGAUUACGAAGUCGUAGGAACAAGUGAUGAAUGGGUUGCCUUGGUUGAGAAGGAGUUGGAGAAGAAAGAAAGUACGCGUAUGAAAAAGCUGAAUGAGCGAAGAAAGGAACGGGAGAUGAAAGGCGGAAGAAGAAGAAAGGAAAGACUUGGUGUGAGAAGCAUAUUGAAUGCGAGAAGGAAGAAGGGGAUCAAUAGUGAUAUGAAAAAAGGACGUUUCGAAGCGCUGAAGUUAAAUAGUGGAAAUAGAAAGAGAUUCCACAAGAAAUCAAUGCGCGUGCGAGUGCAGGAUGACGAGAGUGAAAACGCUUGUUCGAGCAGUUCCGUUUAUGAUUCGGUGGAUACUGUUGAAACUGACGAUUUAUCAGACGCCAAGACUAUAAUGUCAGAAGAUGACGAGCGUAAGCUUGAAGUCAGAGUGAACGUUGAAGUUAUGAGCAGAUUAACUGACACUUCUAGUCUCAGUGAGUUGUCUGAUGUAUCCGAUAGCGAGUUAUCGGAUACCGAGUCUUGUAGUGAAAUGGGUCGAGUGAUUGUGGAGAUUGAAGAGAAUAGAAACAUCAUGUAUCUGAGUGAAAAGAGAUGUGUGAAAAGUUGUAUGGGAAUGGCAAACAGCAAUCCGAUUGGGAGCUGUGUGCAAUCUGAUGAAGAGACAGAUGCGAAGUCUAGUGAUGGGGAAGUAAAACGUUAUAAUGGUCGUGGGCGUAAAAGGAAAGCCAUCGGGCUGUUGAAAGAACAGUUUAAAGUUGUUAAAAAAGUUACGAUGAUUGAGAGCGAAAAGAGAGAGAUUGGAAAUCCGAGGCGGUCUGCUCGAUUGCUUUUGAGAAGAGGAAAUCAGCAGUUGGCAUGUCAAGCCGGUCUGGAGAUACUGAAGCAAGGCGGAAACGCUGCGGAUGCAGCCGUUGCAGUGGCUGCUGCAUUAAAUGUGACUGAACCUGCGUCCACCGGAAUUGGGGGCGAUUGCUUUUGUUUGUAUUAUGAUGCAACAACAAAACGUGUCAAUGCACUAAACGGAUCGGGAAGAUCUCCCAAGAAUCUAACGCUAUCCCACGUCCGAAAGUCCAUUUCUGAUCAAAAAGCUUGUCACAUACCAUUCACCAACAUUAAUGCGGUAACUGUUCCGGGUGCGGCUGCGGGUUGGGUGGAUACGAUCGAAUGGUUCGGAAGCGGGCGGGUGAGUUUGGCAGAUGCAUUACGUCCGGCGAUUGAGCUGGCGGAACAUGGGUUUGGAGUCGCAGAGAUUAGUGCCAAGAUGUGGCAAGAAAACGAACAUCUUUUGCGCACAUGUUCUGCUCACGGAGUCGACAUGCUUCUUGACGGACGUGCUCCUCGUACUGGAGAAAUCAUGCGGAUGCCCAAAUUGGCGAGGACUUUUCGCGAGCUCGCCGAGAAGGGAAAAGACGGGUUUUACAAAGGCCGAAUAGCUGAAGCUAUAGUCGAACUAAUCCAGUCUAAAGGCGGUGUCAUGACGUUAGAGGAUCUUGCAGCGCAUACCUCAACACGAGUUGAGCCCAUUAGCAUUGAUUAUAAAGGCGUCAGAGUGUGGGAGUGUCCUCCGAACGGCCAAGGUCUUACUGCUCUCAUGGCUCUUGGCAUUCUCUCUGAACUCCAAUCCAAAGGAAAGAUUCCACCUCUUACUGAAAUGAGGCAUAACUCGGGAGAAUACCUUCACGCUAUAAUCGAAAGUCUACGGCUAGCAUUUGCCGACACUAGAUAUUAUGUGAGUGAUCCCGAAGUUGUGCAUGUGCCGGUUGAAGAAUUGCUAAGUGAGCAUUAUCUCGCGAAGAGAGCCGAGGUGUUCGAUCCAGAGAAGGCAUCAUAUAUAGAAAAGGGCUCACCAUCGAUUGGGAGUGACACUGUUUAUUUUUCUGUUGUUGAUGAUUAUGGGAACGCAUGUAGCUUUAUCGCAGCAGUUCCGAAAGACUGCGGCUUCUCACUCCAAUGCCGUGGGUCAGGUUUUGUCUUGCAGGAAGGCCAUCCUAACUGUGUUGCUCCAAGCAAACGACCAUACCAUACGAUUAUUCCAUCUUUGGUCACCAAGCAUGAUGAACUAUGGGUUUGCUUUGGAGUUAUGGGUGGAGAUAUGCAGCCACAAGGCCACGUACAAGUAUUCCUAAACCUGCUCGAAUUUGGUUUCAGUCCACAGAUAGCGCUCGACGCACCACGUAUUCGCCUUGCUCCUGGAAACGACAAAGCAGAUGAGCAAUCAUACUGCGUGUGCGUCGAAGAAUCUAUAGACGAAGAAGCUGGAAGCAAGUUGCGUGAACUGGGUCAUCGGGUAAAGGUGAUUACAGGAUGGGAAAGAGCUAUGUUUGGCAGAGGCCAAGUGGUGCAAUUGAUUAAGAAUAGAAAGGGGGAUAGAUUAUGGGCAGCCGGGAGCGAUUUUAGGGGAGACGGGUGUGCUUUGGGGUGGUAG